AUGAGACUGAGUUCAAUUCAGCUUAACCAGUUCAAAUUUAGUGCCGCAUUUGAAAAAUACAACAAGUUUAUUUCAGAAAACCCUACACUUGAGCAAAUACUCGAAAACCCUUCAACCCCGGACCAAAUCACUGUUGGGAGUAAGAUACUGAUAAGCUAUCUUACCCCUGAAAUGGUAAGACAGCUUCUUACUUUCAUUACAGUAGAGCCAAGCGAAAGUGAUUCUCCAGCCAGAAUCCACACAUAUCCUUUUGUUUCAAGUCUCUUUUUUUCGGUCGAGUGUGGCGCAUUAUUAGAUCUCGUCCAUUCCGACCAAACCUUAUUAGAAAACUUGCUCAACUUCCUCAAAGGAGAUGCGCCUCUCAACUUUUUGCUUUCUGGGUAUUUCGCGAAAGCAUUCGACAUUUUGAUGCGCUCUAACGAAAGAAAAUUAUUAGACUUCUUUUACAGUCAAAAUUAUCAUUUCUUCCUUCUCAAUCACAUAUAUAGCCAGUCAAUAGCUGAUAUAGCCUAUAAGUGCUUAUCAUCUUCAUUCACCUUUAAACAGCAGAGAACAGAAAUUAUUGAUAUAUUAGUUUCUAAACUGACUGUGGAUUACAGUCCUUUAGUAGCUUUAAACUCCCAGAACAUAAUUUGCAGAGCCUUAAAUGAUUGUUUCCCAGGGAUUGAAUAUCUGGCAAAUGAAGCGGUCAUUUCUUCAUUCUUUCAAAAUUUGAAAUCAGAAAACAGAGAAGUGGUGACCUCAUCAGCCAAAGUUCUGCUGUCUAUUUUUGCAGCUUUUAAAGAAGAAAGCUCGAUUUCUUUGAAAUUUUUACUGCAAAUAGAGACGAUUAGAGACCUUAUCUUCAAAGUAGAAAAGACAUUGAAGAACCAAGCAGGGUGUGAGGCUACUAUCAUUGGAGAAACAAAACUCGUCAUUAUGCAAAUCAUCAAUAUCUUAUGUGGUGCACAUUUACCUGAGGUUGGUAGACUCUUCAAAGUAGCCGAAAUAAUUCCGAAGCUAACUGAGCUAUUUGAAAGCCAUGAUUGGAACUCCCUCUUGCAUGAAAGAUACUUCAAUAUUGUAGAAUCGAUUAUAUACUCAGAUUCGCAAGAUUUGCAAAUUGCUUUGCUUGAGGAUGCAAAGCUUCCUCAGCUGCUUAUUAGAUUAGGCAAUUCUCCUUAUGUUCAGUAUGGAAGGGCACUUAUUAAAAGAGGAUCUAUGGGGUAUGUGUACAAAAUAGCUAAUUUAUUGAUAAGCAGCAAAAAUAAAGGAAUAAUAGAAGAUGAGGUUAUAAAUAAAAUUGAAGGAUGGGCUUCGUUUGAAAAAGAAAUAGUUGAGGUUUAUAAUAGAGUAGCAAACUCUGAGCUAGGUGCUAUUUAUAACUUUGAAAGUGCAAGCUCUGAAGGAAAUAAUGAAACUGAAAGCUCAAAUUUGCCUGUGUUCACUGAUUCUGAUAAUGCUCAAAUUGAACCAAUUUCUUCAGUGUCAGAUGCUCAAGGUUUUGGAGGAGACGAAACUGCGAGUGAAUACUUUGAAAAUGUGUAUUGGAAGGUAGAAUUCGACCUGAAUGAGUUGGAAGAAAUUUAG